ACACGCCUCUGCAUCGCAUGGAGCGCCAUGUCGCUUUUCCGACUGUUGCUGGUCGGGACACUUGUGCCGACGCUGAAUUUAGUCAACCAAGCUCGAAGCAAAAGCAUCAACACUUUUGCUGGCCCGUAUAUUGCGAUCAUCCAUAAACUCGACUCAUGCCCAUCGGACGGAACCUUACAAUUGAACACCCGCGUCAGCCACUUCAACCCAUCUAGGCCCUACGAUCUGCCCAUCUUCACGGGAAACGCAACACUUAAAGAAGACCUGAGGGACAAUUAUUGGUCACGUGCUGAUCUGGCCGUGCGAUCAAACAACCAAUGGAAAGAGAACGCCUUCAUCUUCAACUUCCCAAAGCAGGGAUGCACUGCGAUUCGCGAACAAGUUCCCGACUUCUUCCGCGUCCUAGCGAAGCUCAGCGGGGCGUCUACGGACAAGGGGACUCCCUGUGUCGUUCCAGCGGGGGUUUACCUUUUAAAGAAUGAAAUGGUGAACCUGACGUUUCCAAACUUCCCGGUUAUACCUUACGCGCGCUACCGGUUCAAGGUGACGGCAAGCCACUCCAGGAAUUUCGACACUCCGCUGCUUUGCCUCGCAGUCGACUGCGAGGCAAUCCCAAAACCGUAGACUGCAAUCCUGUAGCUACAGGACUUAACAGCGUAUCUGAGGGACGGUGCACUGCAAGAAAAAGUGUGGAUAGUACAACAAAAGUACAACAAAAACUGUACAAUAAAAGUACAACAGGGAUUGUAGAAAGUACAACGAGAAUUGUACAAACCACAACGAGCCCUGGACUGCACAGCACUCGUCAUGCCGGGUCGAUUGUACUUUGUACAACAAUUGUUGUACUUGAAAAGUACUCUAAAUUCCUGAUAACAUUGAAAAAAAAAAGUCUAGUAACGAUAACCAGAAUCCUGGUACCAAAUACCAGACUGUCUGAUAGAAUAUAACUCAACUAGAAUUCUGGUAAAAAAUACUAAACUGUCUAGUUGGCCUCAGUCUAGUAAACCGUACCAGAUUUAUAGUCAUCCUCACAAUGCCGCCAGGUCCCCUUCUGGUAGUUUUUACCAAACAUCCUGGUUAGUUAAUGUGCUUACAAAACUGAAGUAAGAAGUCCAAAAUUUAAUAAAAUAUUUUUUCGUAGUGUUGAAACCUGAUGCGACGUCGAUUUCGUUAACGAACAACCUCUGAAUUGUU